AUGGCAUCUCAACAGGUCCUUUUUGCCGAGACCAUCGCCGGCAUGAAAAAAGCCUUCAAGAGGAAGGCUUAUGAGUCCGACUCCGACUCCGACGUUGAAAAUCACGGCAACCGCGGCAACAAGCUGAAGAAGAGGGCGCGGUUCGCGCGUCAGGGACAGUUGGUGCCGACACAAGGGCCCAGCGCAUACAAGGAGCUCGUCGACUUUGCCGGUUCCCGGAGAGCCAUCAUUCACCGCAACCCGCCACUAGUCGACGACGAAGGCUACGAGGUGGACAGCGACGACGACGACGGGCGCAUCGGCGAAGCCGCUCUCGCCGCCGUGGAGCUCAAUCCAUAUGCCAACAUCCGGUUAGAACAUAUCUUGGCGCCCCUGACCGCUUCGACCGCCCUCCCUACCCAUUCGACCCUCUCGAAACCGUUUGUCUCCAAGACUCUCACCAACUUGGUCUCACAAAGCUGCGAGCUCACACGCAGAGAAAAUCAAUCGCUAUGGCACAUCAGACAUCUGUGGACGUCCCUUUGUGGCGACGGCACGUGGAUGCCUUGUGAGCUGAUGGUCGGAUUAAACGACGUGAAUAUCUACACCGAGGACCAUGUCGCCCAUCACCUUCAGAGUCUGGCAAAAGCGAGUGGUGCCGAGCCAUCGCCUCGAGAGGCAAUGAACGGCGACGCCCGAGGGGACCAUAUUGAAGGCGCACAUGACGCGGUGGACUCCGGUGGCGGCCGGCCGGAAGGGGCGCUAUACAACGUCGACGUGCCAAUGGUGGAUGCAGGGGUGGCCGGCAACAACGACGGCAAAUCAAAACAUGGGGCAACAGCCAUCUCCAAGGAACACAAUGGUGAAAAGCCAUCCAAUGCGCGCCAGGAAGGCGAGAGGACAGGCGAUAGACCCUUGGGGCGUGACAAGGACGUCAACGACGCUGCGAACAAGUCAAGCCGCGAAGACAACGGCAUGCACGAGGGCACCAAUGAAAAGGGAACUGAGUCGCACGUCGAGGACGAACGGGGGGAUUCGCUGAUGAAGGCCCCAGAGCACGCCUUUAUCCAUCCAAUGUUCGCUGCGCCCGUGGGUGCCAGACCAGACCGAAACCUUGGUCUACCGGAACACGAGGCUGAGGACAUCAGAAGACUGUUCGCGCUCUACGUGCAAAAACAAGAGGAGAUUUGCCGGGGAGCGACAAAAUUGCACCACGGACUGCUCAAGGCUGAGCGGCUGCGCAAAGACGUCCUGCACUGGGCCAAGGCCGAGGCACACUGCGGCCCUAACAGAGACUUGUCGGACGGCGAGGAUUGGUACGACAAGGAUGAGUGGGGUCUGACCGAGGAUCUUAAAAAGGGACAAGACGAGGAGGAGGAAGACGCGACGGCGGGCAAGAAGACGAGAAACCGUCGAUAG